UUCAUACAGUAUAUUUAUAAAGUUGAAAGCACCUUAUAUAUAUAUAUAUUUAUUUAUUUAUAUCUAUAACCAGGAAGUAAUGACAGUGUACAAUUUCUGAAUAACCCGCGUCACCACAAAAAACGAAAAGGCCAUUUGGUGAGUUCCCUAAGCUGCCCUGUGCCACAUCUCCCCUCAUCCCCCUCAUCUUCCAUCAUAUCCCCACUCCCACAGCUGUAACAAAGGCGCGCAUCAUGGCCGCGCAUCGUGACCGCGCCUGAGUUCAGGGUGGGCGGCUCUUCGCUCUCUUUGCCUCCUGUCGGCAGCCAGCGGCACCCGGUGUAAGUGCUGCAACCCGGCUAUGAGCGCCCUGGCACCGGCCCCUGCCCACAGCCCGGCUCCCAUUGUGCUUCCAAUUCCAACAUCUUCAGCCCCGACUGGGUCCUCCCAGGUCUUCCAAGCUGAGGAGAUGUCGCAGAGGGAAAAGACAACCUGUUCUGUCGCAGCCGCCGCUCAGAGGCGCAACCAGUGAUCCGGCAGAUGAGAUCUCAAGAAGGUUACAAUGAAUGAAGAUCUGCAGGUUAAUAGCAGCCGGCCGCCUCCAGAGAACGUCACCGCCGCCCUCUCCCCGCUGAGUCCUGUGCGAGAUUCGGAACCCGAGCUGGUGGUCAACCCCUGGGAUAUAGUUCUCUGUACAUCUGGAACCCUCAUCUCCUGUGAAAAUGCCAUUGUGGUGCUUAUUAUCUUCCAUAACCCCAGCCUGCGGGCGCCCAUGUUCCUGCUCAUUGGCAGCCUGGCCCUGGCAGACCUCUUGGCGGGCGUUGGAUUGAUCGUCAAUUUUAUCUUUGCUUAUCUCCUGCAGUCGGAAGCUUCCAAACUUGUCACCGUUGGACUGAUCGUUGCUUCUUUCUGUGCCUCCAUCUGUAGCUUGCUGGCUAUUACAGUUGACCGUUACCUCUCUCUCUACUAUGCCCUGACCUAUAAUUCGGAAAGGACAGUCACUUUCACCUACGUCAUGCUGGUGUUUCUUUGGGGAGGCUCGAUGUGCGUUGGACUGCUGCCCAUAAUGGGCUGGAACUGCCUUGAAGAUGAAUCCACGUGCAGCGUUAUUAGACCCCUGACUAAGAAUAACGCUGCCGCCCUCUCCGUAUCCUUCCUGCUCAUGUUUGCUCUAAUGUUGCAGCUCUACAUCCAGAUCUGUAAGAUCGUCAUGAGGCAUGCCCACCAGAUCGCCUUGCAGCACCACUUUCUGGCCACGUCCCACUACGUCACCACCCGAAAAGGAGUAUCCACCUUGGCCAUUAUUUUGGGGACCUUUGCCGCCUGUUGGAUGCCUUUUACCCUUUACUCCUUAAUAGCAGAUUACACAUACCCUUCCAUUUACACCUACGCCACCCUCCUGCCAGCGACGUACAACUCCAUCAUCAACCCCGUCAUAUACGCGUUUAGAAACCAGGAGAUCCAAAAAGCACUGUGGCUUAUCUGCUGUGGUUGUGUCCCUUCUAGUGUGGCACAGAGAGUGCGGUCCCCUAGUGACGUGUAAUCAAUGCCUUCAUAAGAAGGAUCGAGGUUUGGGGUUUUAUCACCUGCAAUAUUUAUUUUGCAAAAAAAAGAAGAAAAAAAGGAAAAAUAAUCCUUCCGUCAGAUGUAAACACACUUGGACUGGACAUAAUGGUGCCGAGAUACACCCAUUUCAUAAAUGGAAGUCCAUUUUACUUAGGGAUGCUCCGAAUCCAGGAUUCAGUUCGGGAUUCAGCCUUUUUCUAUCCGGCCGAACUGAAUCUGAAUCCUAAUUUGCAUAUCCAAAUUAGGGGCGGGGA